AUGAGCAUGAUCGAGGAGCAAACUGUCAUUGCGCUAAGAGGGCCAAAGCUAGAUUCAAGGAACACACUUGGCAAACUUGUGCUGGCGAACAUUCGUAUGCCAUCCAUCUGCGAAAGGCCGAGAUCCUAUCAGGACGAGAAGAACCAGCCUGAUCAGACCCGUCUCUUCCUCUACUUUUCCCGCUUGGUUUGUCGGGCAAUAUUACUCCGUCACUGGAUAUCGCGGAUCACAAAAGAUGAAGAUGAACUCUGGAUUUCCAAACUCCUCAUCCCGGCAACUCCAACCGCUAUCAACUAUAUAGUUUUUUCCAGCAAGUUCGCACUUGGGAUUCUUCACAACACCCGUGGAAGAGGGGCUCGAAUGGCCUGCAGCGUUCAUGAAUCCGUACCAUUUUAUUCUAAUUUGACAUUUAUGAGUUUCUUGCUGUAUCGAAACCGGUAUGAUGGUACAGAAUUCGCCACCCUCAUUCAGGAAGUCCUUCGAUUUUCGGAAAGGCAAAACCUCCUGACAUCCUUUCAGCCCAACGAAACAACCAAUGUCAUGUCAAGCCCGAACGACAACGGCGAUCACGGCAAACAGGACACAAUAAGUAAAGACAUAUAA